CUACUGAUAGCGGUCGACGUGCUGUCAGGUCUGCCUAUGGCGCAAUGGAGGGAGGAGGAGGAGGAGGAGGAGGGUUAUCGGUCUCUCUACUAUUACCUGAGCCUCCGCAACCCGCGAUAGUAAGAGGACAAGCCGGAACAGGAGGAGGGUUCGUUGUGCAACACAGACAUACCAAGAGCGAGCCCCAGAGGAUCUUGAGGGUCAUGAACCCCAGCACUCCUACUAGCCUUGCUAGGCCUACUCCCAUACCUACAACGCAGUCAACCUCGACGAAGAACAGACAGGUAUCAACGGAUUCGACACUUUCCGAGAUCCUCAGAUCCACGGAGAAGAGGCUGCAGGAAGCCAGCACUAGCGGAGUGUCGCGGCGAAACCGAGCGACAAUACAAGUGGCAUCUGGUCCCCAUCGAGGACUGCCUCUGCACGUGGCUGAGAGACUCGAGGAAAGUCGCAGCCCUGGUCUUCGGCGAAGCGAGUCUCUCAAGGAAACUCGAGGGACUCGAGUAGAACAUCAACUCCCUGUCAUCAGUCCAUCAAGCAGUGGUCUAGUGGCGCCACUGACCCUUGUGCCUAAGUCAUCGGGACAGCAGCAGCAGCGGCCAGACUCGCGGGAAUCAUCGUCCUCGGAGCCAGAUAGUCUCCUCGCCGAGCCUGCCUACUCGGAGAUGCCGUCGGGACUGACGAGUCCAAGUCGGGUCUCAAGCAUAGCCGGUGCUUCGAGCGUUGCCGAGACAGAGAUUGAGAUGCUCCUCUUGACCGUGGAUGUGCCGUCGAACCGCAGUUCCAUGACCUCGACAGCAUCUCUUUCCACUAUUCACAGCGUGGACGAAUCAUCUGAAGGGGGCGCAAGAGUUUCAGUAGGGACUAAGACGCCAUCCCCAGACCGUGCUGCUAUGGUGGCAGGCACCGGAAGACCCGCGGUAACCUUACAGAUUUCCAUGGCUGACAGUGAGCGGUUCGCCUUGCCUGCUCCAUUGUCCGCUGUUGAUGCGUCUGCGCCCUCUCUACCCUCUGGAUCCUCUGCCCGGCCCUUCACGAGCUACGGGUGUCCUGUACCCAGACCUCUUUCAACAAGAUCCCAGGGCGAAACCGAGAGCAACAGGAGAUCGUUCGUACGGAAGUCCAUCAUAGCACAAGAACCAAUUGGCCCUAUGCCCUCAAUGCCCACUAGGCUAUUGCCUUGUCCAGGAGUACCUUCCGGCAAGAACUGUGUGAUUGCCCAAACCAGCUGUGGCACAUGGCACACCACAAUGGCCGAUCCCUUUCAGGUACCAGUCAGCCCAACUUCUAUUCAAGCAUCGACAGACUCUGCGAGUCCGACAUCAUCCUCGGGUUCCAUGGCAUCAAGGGAGACUCCCAGAGGGCUUCGCUCUCCACCCAACAAGAGCACCACAUACAACAACACGCUGUUGAAUUCGAUAGUUCUCCCACCGCCAACACAACACAGAUAUGUUGAUGCCAAGAACGUGGUGGCAGAGAUCAAACCACCAGCCAGGUCAGGGAUCGUUCAAACACCAGAGCGAGAGCGUCGCUGGCCCUUUAUAAACGCACAUACCGCUGCACACGACAAUGAUGCAUGUCAGCCGCCCUCGCCAACACCGCGCUCGGGCUCGCGCUUGUCCCGGCAACUGUCACUACAACAACGCAAAGCUAGUGAAUCAUCGUCCAUAUACUCGCAAGACAUUGCGGCCAACGAAGCCUUCAGCCCAGCACCAGUACCGACAUUCACGAUUCUCAGACCAUCCAGUCCCACCCGGACAUCCCUCCCGCCGUCGCCAACCACGGUAGGACUAGCAGCAGCGCAAGCUCUCAACGCCGCCAACUUCCAGAGGAACUCGAUCCUCUUUGCGGGAUCCCAGCAGCAGACCCCCUCUUGCCGCACUUCGCGUACGAUCAAACCCAAUAGAGCGUCGGUACUAGCAGCGCAGCGAGACCUCGACGACGAGGUUGGAGAUGAUGAGGGUAACAAAGGAAAUACAGCAGCCAUGACGCCAAAAGCCAGCCCCAUAGCCUCCACCAUUGCCCAGCUUCGACGCAUGAACAGCGUCCUCAGCACCGCCUCCAGCGUAAGCAGCAUUAAUACCGACGUCCCUGACGGUGGCGGCAAUGGCUAUCCGAGCAGAAGGAAUAGUAGAGUGGGAGUAUCAGCCAGCCCGACGCAAUCGGCACUGAGAGGCGGUGGAUUCAACCCCAAUCCGAGACGGGAUAGCCAUCAAAGUUAUGGCCAUCGGCGAAGUGGGAGCAGGAACUACUUGUUUGCGCUGAGCGGCGGUGCUGGAGCCGUACCGUCGACGCCAACAACACCGAAGGUCGUGAAAAGAACAAGCGGUAGCGGAGGCGGAAGUGGUGGUAGGGUGCGCCUGAAUCCAUCAGGGCAGGCGAUAGGGCACUCACGGACCGGUUUGGAAUCAGGAUCAGGAAUAGGAAGGAUGGUGUCGAUAUCUCGAUCUGGAUCGCCCAAGAGGAUAACGUUGACGCCGGGACACCACCGAAGCCUGGGAAGUGAUUGCGGUGGUAGCAGCGUGAUUGGGAGUUCUGGCCUAAUUAACGCCAACAUUUUGAAGAACAGGUUUCAGUUCGACGACCACGACGAUGAUGACAAUAAUAAUAACAAAGGCAAAAGAGCCAGUAAUGGUAAUGGCAUUACCAAGAAGCAGAACAGCAGUGACUUUCUGGUGGGCGCAAAGAACGAUGAGGGCAAAGAAGAGGAGAGUAAGAGGAAGCUUCCCGUUAGAUUUACGUUGCCAAAUUCUUCCCCGGCCACUAUUAGGUUGACGCCAAAUUCUCCCCCGUCAUCGCCGUCGCAGAGGUCGAAGCAGGUUCAGACGGGCAUGGUGUACGUGACACCGAAGGGAAAACGUUGGAGACAAAGCAAUGAGAGUCUGGGGCUUUAUGACCGGGAUGGCUUUUUGAUCAAUUCGCAUGGUCAGCCUCCUCCUGGGGCAAGCUCGAGCUCGGUGCGCGCUUGACGGUAACGGGCAAUUGAAGAUAAGGGUGUGAUGAAUAAGGGCGUAUUCGGGGGAUAAUUGUUGGUGUAAUUGAUGGCGGCGUUUCUUUCUUGUUUCUAUUUGAGAUGGCAUUUUAUUUGUGCUUGUUUGCCGAACAAAGUUGGCGCGUUUUCUCAUUUGUAUGGUAUUUAAAAUUUAGCCAAGCUUAUGGCGAAUACUUUGACCGAUGGCAAAUUGAUUGAACCAAGACAAGAAUUGAAUGAGUACGGAGCUGUCACUGAUUGAGUAAUGAUGGUUCAAGGUGAAGUUGCCA